GUUCAAUUGCUUGCUUGACAUUUGAACAUUUGAUGUGUAUCCCAAUACGCUCGAACAAAAUCCAUACAACACCAAAUCAUAAGUUUGUAAGUUUGUCGGAGGAGUGUGCAAAGAAAAAAAUAAAUAAAAAUAAACUCCUGGAAACAGGCAGCGCCCACUCAUCGCACCGUUGGACCAUCGCAUGGGAUCACUCGAAGCACCAUCCGGCCAGAGACCCACUCGGAGGGCUGCCACCAAGGCUGCGCUCGCUAUCAAGUCCGAGGCGCAGGAGGGCGACGACGAUGCAGUCGACAAUACCAGGACCCCACGCAGCGCCGACAGAGACUACAAUGCCUUUGCAGAGAUCAUGUCCACCAGAGCCCCCACAGCCAACAAAGCGCCUGCAGCAGCUCCAAGAUCUCGGGUCAAAAAAACCAUCGAAAAGAAACCUUCGCCAUCAUCAUCUCUUUCAUCGACCGAUGUAGACAUCAUUAACGCAGCUGUAUCCUCAGAGCUGGUCCCAGAUCUAGAAGACCUGGUUGCAGAUGCAGCUCGAGUUCGGAUAUCAGGAAAGCACUCUCGAAGCUAUCACCGAUUCACAACUCUUAAAUCCCAAAGGCGUGUCCAUGAUGAUCUGAUAGCCUGGUACGAUAUCCAUCACCGCAAACUGCCCUGGCGUCGGGACUUUCAUAAUCCGACUCCUCCGACAGAAGAGGACGCACCGGGUCAACGGGCCUAUGAGGUUUGGGUCUCGGAGAUUAUGUGUCAACAGACCCAGGUGGCGACCGUGAUCCCGUACUACAACACAUGGAUGGCGAAAUGGCCCACGAUUACGGAUCUGGCCGCAGCGGAUCUGGAGGAGGUGAAUAAGGUCUGGACAGGGCUUGGAUACUACUCUCGUGCGUCUCGAUUACAUUCGGGAGCCCAGAAGGUCGUCAAGGAUUUCAAUGGCGUUCUUCCAAGUGACCCUGUGAUACUGGAGAAGGAGGUCCCAGGGAUUGGAAGGUACACAGCUGGAGCCAUUGUAUCACAUGCGUACAAUGUACCUGCAGAACUAGUCGAUGGGAAUGUGAUCCGUGUCCUGUCCCGGUUACGGGCCAUCGGCGGCGAUGUAAAGGGUCCGAAAGUCGUUGAUCUGCAUUGGUUGAUUGCAAAAGAACUGGUGCAUCAGAAUCGUCCAGGGUGUUUCAACCAGGCCUUGAUGGAACUCGGUGCUAAAGUCUGUACUCCUCAGAACCCAAAGUGUGGCGAGUGUCCAGUACAGACAAGCUGCAGGGCAUUUGCGGAGGCAGUGGACCUCAAGAAGAGCCGGCAGGAGACCAUUGGAGCGUCCCAGAAGAGGUCGAUCCAACGAGAGGAUGAUGACUUGACUGAUGAGUGCACAUUAUGUCUGCCAGAGACCGACGCAGAGGGAAAGGAUCAAGGGCUGGUAACGCAAUAUCCCCGGAAAGCUGCCAAGAAGGCACCCAGGGAUGAAGAAUGUGCGGUAUCCAUAUUGGAGCGCGUAAGAAGCGAUAAAGAGUCAGGAGAGUCCAAGUCAGAGUUUUUGCUAGUCAAACGACCUGACAAGGGCCUCUUGGCCGGGAUGUGGGAGUUUCCGACCGUGGAACAGGAUCAAUUGCAGACGGACCACAAGCAAACAGAGCUCUCCACCUACAGCCAACGCUCCGAAUCCAGUCGCAGGUAUCUGAGCGAGACCCUCAAACUAGACUGGAUCAAGGACUGCAAAGACCUUCAAAGGCGGGACCUUGGGAGUGUCCAGCAUCUGUUCUCGCAUAUCCGAAAGGUCUACCACGUAGAAUGGGUCCUUGUCAAGGACGGAGAGGAUGUGAUCAGGGCAAUCAAAGAGACGAACGAGAAGAAGAAAAGUCCAACAAGUCUGGAGACCCAAUGGCUUACGGUCCAAGAACUGGAGACGGCUGCGAUCCCCACGGGGAUCAACAAGACCUUCCAGUUGCUCCAAAAGUACAAGACCGGUGCUGGCAAGAAGGACCUUGACGAUGGCUCCGAAGGAAACAAGCGCAAAAAGACGGGAGGGCCUGAAGGAGGUUUAGGGAAGGACAGGAAGAAGGUUAAGAAGGAGGAGGGGCUUUCGGACAUAUCAAAGUUCUUCAAGACACCACCCUCCACAGGCGAAUCGCCAUUUUGUGCAUCAAAGAAGGGGACGACCCCAUUUGAAAGAUAGAAUAAAAUAGGGCAAUAAAUUAUGGCAAAG